AUGCUACAAGUGUCAGCACCACACACAGUUGUUGGACCAACCGGCAAAACUCUUACUCUCGGUACUGUCCCCUUGGCCAUUCAUGAAAUGAGGGAUGGAUAUAAUCGAGUCGCGGCCACCGGGACCCGAGAAGGCAAGUGGCCCAAAGAGUUACCAGGAGUGUUGUGGGCAUACCGGACGACGGCAAAGUCGAGCACAGGAGAGACACCUUUCUCCCUCAUAUACGGUACAGAAGCUCUGAUCCAGGUGGAAGUAGGAGAACCGACCUUGCGGUACUUCCGGGCGGACGAGCAGGAAAAUAAUGAAGCAUUGCUGGUCAAAUUGGAGCUUCUUGACGAACACAGGGACUUAGCGCAUAAGGAUGGCAGCUCAGAAACAAAGAAUGGAAAGGUACUAUAA